UCACCUCUUCGUGCGUCGUAUUCUAUUCAAACUAGUCGACUUGAUCGGGUCGUUUGGUUGUUUUAAAUCCAAAAAAAUGUUUCGAAAUCCAGAACUAUUUCUGGCAUUCGUUUUCUCGCUGACGCUUGGCGUAAUAGUUGCUGAGAACGAAGUUGCCCUCAAUGGUGCCCGAGCAAAUCUCGAUCGUACCCCGAGAAUUGUUUGCUACUGGAGUAACUGGGCCGUGUAUCGUCCGUACCCUGCCAACUAUGACGUUGAAGAUAUUCCCCCAGAACUCUGUACCCAUAUCAUCUACUCGUUUUGCGGAGUGUCAAAUGUAACAUGGGAAGUUUUAGUGCUUGAUGAAGAGAGGGACAUCGAGGGUGGAGGAUACCAACGUUUCACCGACCUUAAAAAGAGAAAUCCCAAACUGAAAGCAUUGCUCGCAGUGGGAGGGUGGGGAGAGGGAGGGAAGAAAUAUUCGCAAAUGGCGUCGAUGGUAGAGAGACGAAACAGCUUUGUUAGGAGCGUCGUUGAAUACAUCUCCGAGUACAACUUUGACGGUUUCGACUUAGAUUGGGAGUACCCUGGCGCAAUGGAUCGUGGUGGUAAUAUGGCAGAUAAGGAUAACUUUCUCUCCUUGGUAGAAGAACUGAGAGCCGCUUUCGAUGCCGUGAACCCCAGUUGGGAACUGACUGCUGCAGUACCCAUCGCCAAAUUUCGGUUGGACGAAGGCUACCAUGUUUUUGACCUGUGCAGGAUUUUGGACGCGAUUCACGUCAUGUCAUACGAUCUUCGGGGGAACUGGGUUGGAUAUGCUGACGUGCACAGUCAACUUCGCCGCCGAGAAGAGAUCGACAAAUGGGGAUAUGAAUUGCUCAAUUUCGAGGACGGUUACCAACUCUGGGAAAAUUAUGGCUGCGCGAGAGACAAGUUGAUUGUCGGGGUGCCAUUUUACGGCAGAAGUUAUGUUUUGGGAGAUCCCAACAACAAUGGACUCGGGGCGCAUAUUGUUCAAUGGGUGGGUGGCGGAGAUCCCGGUCCAUUGACAAAUGCGACUGGAUUUAUGGGAUUUUUGGAGAUUUGUCUUUACCAACUUACUGACCCGAUUGGCUGGGCUAAAAAAUACGAUCCGAUCGGAGAAGUUCCCUACACUCAUAGGGCCAACCAAUGGAUUGGCUACGAAGAUGUGGAUUCCCUCAAGAUCAAGAUGAACUGGAUCAAGGCCAAGGGUUACGGAGGCGCCAUGGUGUGGGCGAUUGACAUGGACGAUGCUCAGAACUUUUGCAAAUUUGGGAGACACUCCCUCCUUCAGACGAUCAAUGAUGGUCUUGCCGGCUACAUCGUGCCAAUUGCACCCGAACCGACGCAAACCCCAGAACCGACCUGGUGGGCCCCACCGACCACGACGCAAUAUACUGGGACUGGACCCACGACUACAACCACCACUCCAAGUCCGGGUGAUGUCGAUUGCUCUGUCCAAGAGUAUUGGCCACAUGCCGAUUGCAACAAAUAUGUCCGCUGCGUCAACGGUAAUCCGCAGGUGAACACUUGUAGUGGUGGGCUAUACUGGAACCACCCCUUCAAAACGUGUGACUGGCCGGCUAACGUGGAUACGUCGAACUGCAAUGUUUAGCAAGUUAAAAUUAAUGCAAUCAUUAAAUGCAAUCAUUAUCUUCUUUACUGUUUUUAAAAAUUAUAAUAAAUAAGCCAAAUUUUACUGCAAUCAAAACGA